AUAUUUUUUAAUUUUUUUUUAAAUCAUACUAAACAAUAUGAAGGUUUAGUAAUUGGCUAAAUUAAAGUGUUUAUGUUAUUGUGUUGAUUUUCACUUUAAUAUUACCUACCUAUCUGUGGGUUGUAUUUAGUCGACCGACAAACAUAUUUUUAACAGACAAAUAUAACACGGAUAUUAAAAUUAUUAAUGACUUUGCAUUUAGACAAAAAAAUAUUUGACUUGAAAUUAGCUGCCAAACAGAUAACAAGAAGUGCCAAAAAAUUGAAAAAACAAGAGGCUAAAGAAAUUCAUACAUGUUUAAAGCACGUGAUGCUCGGUGAACUCGAAAUCGGUAGGGUGCAUGCGGAAAACGCUGUACGCAACCAUAACCAGAGUUUGGAAUUGCUAACGCUCGGGGCCCGUUUACAAGGAGCCCUGAACAUCCUGCAAACGGCCACCGUGCAAAACACAGUAUGAACUUUUUCAGUUAUUUUUUUUUUUUUGAAACAGAGGGUGAGGGGGAAAAUGGUGGGAGGGAAAGCGAUUGAUUAAAAGUUUCUUAUCGCGAUUAUCUACUCAAGUUGGGGCUUUGGGCCAUUCACAUCAUAUCGAUGAUGUGAUGAAGUGUGAACUAAUAGCACUUGCAAUCUAGUAAUUUGGUUUGUUGCAAGGUAGACAAACUUGACACUAUCUGAUUUUAAAAGCAUCCCGGUUGUUUCCGUUUAACCAUUAUUGUAUUUUAUUAUCUCAAAAACAUGCCUACUUUUAUAAUAAUUUGAGAAAAUAUUAUUUUGUAUACUGAGAAAUUACUGUCGCAAUGAUAAAUAUUGUUGAUUACUAAUAUUACUAAUGAGUAGUUGGAAGUGUUGGAUUCCCUUUAUAUUUAGUAGCAGUGGGGUCGUGCAUAAAAUGUAUGUGUUUAUGAAAAAAAUAAGGGAACAUAACAUGGAAUAUGUGCUUGCGAGUUGCUUCUUUUUUAAGUUACCCAUUUGGGAUAGUUAUAACUUUCACUCUCGUUUAUUUAAAACUUAAAUAACACCUAUUAGGACUAUAGUAGUUUGUAUAGUUUUCCCGAUCUUAACCUAUAAAAUAUAAAUUAUG